UCUUACAUCUGCACCACAGUUUCUGGUUUGUGCUUGAUCUGUACAGUGUAGACCAACCUUCUGUGUUAUAGGUCUAAGUCUCAAGAAUGGACCAAAAUAUCCUUGAGCUAAUACUUGAGGGGAGCAUGAAGCCAAUGAAUCUGCCUUUAGAAACUUUACGGAAAAUCACUGAUGGGUUUUCAUCGGAUAGAAUAAUCGGUGAAGGUGGAUUUGGAACUGUCUAUAAGGGUGAUGUUGGAAAUGAAAAUGUUGCCAUCAAGAGGAUUAAGAGUGGCAUGACUAUAAAUGACAAGCUCUUUCGUCGUGAGGUUGACAAUCUGAUGGAGGUUAACCAUCCAAAUGUCGUCCGGUUUCUUGGCUUGUGUUCUAAUACAGUGGAGACACCAGUGAAAGACCCAGAAUCCCGAGGAUAUAUUUAUGCUGAGAUAAGAGAAAGAUUGCUUUGUUUUGAGUAUGUUAGUAAUGGAAGCCUCGAUACAAGGAUUACCGACGAAUUAAGAGGACUUGAAUGGGAUACACGUUACGGGAUAAUCAAAGGGAUAUGUGCUGGUUUGCAUUAUCUACACAUGGAGAAACAUAUUCUUCAUAUGGAUCUGAAGCCAGCCAAUAUACUAUUGGAUAAUCAAAUGGUUCCGAAGAUAACCGACUUUGGUCUAUCAAGACCCAUGGAAAACUCACAAACAAUGACAACAAACCAUUUUGCAUCACCAGGGUAUAGCGCCCCAGAAAACCUAUUUGGUGGUGGUAAAAUGUCCAUCCAAUCCGACAUGCAUAGUUUGGGCGUCAUAAUUAUCGAACUGGUCACGGGACAUAGGGGUACCCCUGAAUGUAAUAAUACACUCAGAAGAUGGAGGCACAGAUGGAAUAAAUCAGGGAAGGAAAUUCCACUGGAGUACCACCAACAAGUAACAAAAUGCAUCGAAAUAGGGUCACUCUGCCAGAAGGAAAAUCCCUAUGCACGGCCUUUUAUAUCAGACGUAAUGGGCAAACUAUUUGAAAUGGAAAAUUUGAAUGACCACAGCUGGAAUGCCGACGAAUCAACGGUUGGCCAGAUAAAUCUGCCAACUUGGGAAGACGACAUGCUUGGAGUUGAGCCGCUUGAGUUACAGUUUGCGUAUAACAAGCAGGAGGACAUAUUGUCAUGUUUAGUUGAGCUAAGCAAUGAUACGGAUGGUUUCAUUUUCUUCGAGAUUCAAAAGAUCAGACCGUUGCCAUAUUCAAUAAAGCCAAACAAGGACAUCCUGAAACCACGAUCCAAAUGUUGCGUGAUAAUAACAUUGCCAGCAGCACACACGGCAGCACUGCAGUCCAGUACUAGUAAUAAGCGAUAUACCAAGGAGUUCGUGGUGCGAAGCACUAAAGUGAAUGAAGAUCUUUCAACCAAGAAUAUUAACCAAGACCUGUUCGAUAAACAUACAGAGGGCCAGCACAUCGAUGAGAUUCAUUUGGGGGCUCUUUCUGAAGAACCCCGCAGCCAAGAGACAAUCGACUUCUCAAGGAAUGAGGCCAUGGAACAACACACAAGCUCGGGGAGGAACCCAUUGCCAACACCGAUCGAAGCUGGGCUUGUGCAGCUGGCCAUCAAGAACAACACAAAGGCUUCAUCCGAGAAGUGUAACAAAAAGGUGAUGCUGGAGAUCAGCGGCUGCGCCACUACCUGUGACCGGCUGGGUCUUGACCUGGUGGUCGUCCUGCAUGCUAGUCGCAACAUGGACAGUGAGAAGAUGGACCAUGUGAAGAUGGCCAUGCGGUUUGUCUUGCGGAAGCUAAGCCCCAUGGACCGCCUCUCCAUCAUCACAAUUUUUUCUGAUUCUGCCGUGAAGCUGUGCCCACUGCAGCAGAUCACCGAGUCCUCACGGCGGAAGCUAGAUGAUCUCAUUGACGGCCUAAAAGCCAUUGGUGACUUUUACACCCACAUCAAGGGCGGCCUCCUGACCGGGCUCAAAGUCCUCACAUACCGCAAUGACAGCAGCGACCGCAUCGCUGGAAUCAUGCUCAUGAGCAACGACCAGCAAGCUGGAGGUGGUGGUGGUGCUACUCAGAUUAAUUUGGGCAACGUGCCUGUCUACACGUUUGGUUUUGGCAUGAACAGUGACCACACAGUACUCAGCAUGAUCGCAGCCAACAGUAUGGGAGGGACGUUCUCCCACAUCCGGGACCAGGACAUUGGCAGUGGAGGCCUGACAAUGGCCUUCUCCCAGUGCCUUGCCGGUCUGCUAACUGUCUCGGUUCAGAACCUUGAGCUGACGGUGGCACCUGUCGGACAUGAGUCGGAGAUAUUGAACGUGACCGCAGGAAGCUAUCCGAAGACGCAGGCCGGGGGCUCAGUAACAGUUAGGUUUGGCAACAUCUACAGCAGGGAAGUGCGCAAGGUCGUUGUCAACCUCCGCCUCCCUGCUAUCGGGAGUGAGCACAGUGCCGAGAUCCUAAAGGAUGUACUCAUAUGGAAGCAGAUCUGCUGGGAGGCAGAAGUUUGUCGUGACUCCUGAGGCGCUGACCGUGUGGCGCACCAGCGUGGAUGUCUCAGACUUAGAGGAGGAGGAGAAGCAGGUGGACUUAAAGAGGGAGGAGGCC